UUCAGCCUCCACCCGAAGCGCGUGCUGACGCUCACGAACUCGAGCUCGAGCCGAACUUUGACGACUUCUAACAGUCUCGACACUUCAACUGUCGAAGGAGUUUCCUGCAGUCUUGUUUUUAGAAUAACGCGUUAUCUUUCCGUGAUAUCAUUGAUGAAGAUUCAGAGUCUCCGUGGCGUUCAUGUUUGCGCAAGCUUAAGCACUAACGUUAGUUUGCUACUUCGAUGUGAACAACAGGCAUCGUAAAAACAAUGAUUUUAGAGAGAAUACCUCCAAGAAUAUGCUCUUUAUUCAUGCUCGGGGCCGCGCGGAGACAGGCGCACUCCUCUCCGGUGCCGCCGCAGCCGGUGCCUCCGCUGCUCCGGACGCUGCAGCGCUACCUCACGGCCCUGGAGCCGCUCCUGCCGCCCGACGAGAUCGAGCACACCCGCAGGAUCGUGCAGAAGUUCGGCUGCCCUGGAGGACUGGGCGAGAAACUGCAACGAGAGCUGAUUAAGAGAGCCAAGCACUCACACAACUGGAUUUCAGACUGGUGGGUGCAGUGGGCUUACCUGGAGUGCAGGCAGCCCUUGGCAGUGCAUUCGAACCCUGCCAUCUCUUUGCCCAAACGUGACUUCACUGAUUGGAAAGGUCAACUAGUGUUUGCAUCAAAGCUCAUAGCAGGAGUGUUGGACUUCAAAGCUCAGGUGGACAGUGGGAGGCUGGCGUCGGAGUACAUGCGUGGACACCCGUUGUGUAUGGAGUUGUUUCCUCAGUUGUUCUCCUCCUGUCGAAUCCCAGGCCCCAAACAUGACCAUGUGGUUCACUAUGGACGUCCACGCUAUGGCCAAGCACACAUUACAGUGGUCAGGAACUACCAGUUUUUCCAGCUGGAUGUUUACAACAGUGAUGGAACACCACUGACAGAAAGUCAGAUCCUUGCUCAGCUGUUGCGGAUCCGCUCUCAGUCGUGGAAGACCGAUAAGCAGCCGAUGGGGAUCUUGACCAGCGAGCAUCGUCACACCUGGGGUCAGGCUUACACACGCUUGCUCAGAGAUAAAAUCAAUAAAGAAUCUGUGAGGCUGAUAGAGAAAUCAAUCUUUACGUUGUGCUUGGACUCUCCGGUUAUGAUGAUUUCUGAUGAGAAGUAUUCUAGUCGAAUGGCCGCACAGAUUUUGCAUGGGGGUGGGACUUUCUCAAACAGCGGCAAUCGCUGGUUUGACAAGACGCUGCAGUUUGUUGUUGGUGAGGAUGGGUCUUGGGGUCUCUUGUAUGAACAUGCGACAGCUGAAGGUCCACCUAUAGCCACAUUGUUGGAUCAUGUACUAGAAUACUGUAAGAAACCGGACAGAAUGCGAGCUCCUUUGAUUCCUCUGCCCAUGCCCAAGAAACUCUACUUCUACAUCAAUUCUGAGAUCAAAUGGGAUCUAGAGAUGGCCAAGCAAAACCUGGAUAUUCUCAUCAACGAUUUGGACAUCAACUGUUUUAACUUCCAGCGCUUUGGAAAAGAGUUUGUCAAACAACUUAAGCUGAGUCCAAACUCCUUCAUCCAGGUGGCGAUUCAGCUGGCCUACUACCGAGUCCACAGUGAAGUUUGUGCAGCCUGCGACAUCGCCUCUCUGAGGAUGUUCCAGGGAGGGAGAACAGACUACAUCCGCUCUCCGACCAAUCAGAUGCUGAGCUUCAUACAGGCUUUUGACGAUGAUGCCGUGUCUAGAGAAGCUAAGGUGCAGCUGCUGAGAGAGGCUGUUGAUGCGUACAGCAUCCUCACAGAGCAGUCGCUGAAGGGGCAGGGUAUAGAUCGCCACUUGCUGGGUCUUAAACUUCAAGCCAUCGAGGAGGGACUGAGCGUGCCCCGAAUCUUCAUGGACACGGCCUAUGGACUUGCCACUCACUGGAAACUCAGAACAGGACAGGUGCCUGCCAACACAGACAGUGUGAUGUGUUUUGGACCGCUGGUUCCAGAUGGUUAUGCAGUCUGUUACAAUCCACAGCAAGAUCACGUCCACUUCUCCAUAACUGCCUUCAACUGCUGUGAGGAAACCAACGCAGAAAAACUGGCUCUCACAUUGGAACGAUCGCUUCGUGAUCUCCAGGAGUUAUUUCAGCCCACCGUCUAGACACUCAGAGAUGGUUUUAACACUACUCCAGCAUUGUGGCAGCUUCAGGAAGACCGAAUGCACUCCUGAAAGAGCCAGGCUUU